AACAACAAACUGGCGGCAUCUAAUGUUGCAAUAGUGUAAAUUUAUUAAUUUUAAAACUUUAAAAACCCAUGUGCUUGCCGCAUUAGGCGCACAACAAAAAUAUUGUGAUACUCUGUUAAAUUAAUGAAAAUUAUAAUAAUGAAUUUUCUGAGCAUAUUGCUGAUCUUUGGAAGUGUGAUAAUAAUAGAAUGCGGACAAAGUUCAUCACCAUUUGGCAGAGGCUUUUUCAGUUCUGUAGUUACACCCACAUCGCAUUAUUCGAUUCAUCAUGGGGGCGGUACUAGUAGUGGAUUUGUGCCUUUGACUUAUAAGAGUGAUUCGAAGCCGGAAGAAAGCAAUCAUAGAUCAUCAUCGAAGCAGUCCAGGAAACGAAAGUAUAAGGGCUACAGUUCGGUAUGUAUAUUUUUCAUCACCUACUUACUCUUUUUUAUUCUCACUUCUCCUAUUAAUUUCUAUAUCUUCUCUCCACAGGAUGAAGAUGAUAUUUCGUCUGAAAGUUUUACAUCCGAUGAAUACUCAAAUGAAGCCAAACAUCCAUUCGGAGAGAAUGACAGUCGGGAAUAUACCAUUGGCACUCAUAUACGUGUUCAACAUCCCAUAACAAUACCCAAAAAGUCCACAAUACCACCAUAUCCCACAAAGAGUUCAAAAUAUACAACCAUACCUAAUAUGGGCGGCUAUUCCAUGGAUGUUUCUCACGAAGAACAUGGUUCUGAUUCUUAUUUGCCAUCAACAUCUUCGAAAAAGCUAAAAUAUUCCAAACUCUAUGAGCCCGAUCCAUUUCAUGUCAUUUCACCACCCAACUCUAAAAUACCAUCUCACCAUCAUCAUCAUCAUCCUCAGUCUGCAUCUGCUUAUGGUGCCAGCUAUAAUGCCUAUGAACCCGAUACUGAAUCAUAUGAGAAUCCAGAAGUGGCUGUUAAACAUCUCAAGACAAAUUUAAGAGACCGCUACAAGGGUGUGGCUUCCAAAAAGCAAAUUGAAAAAUAUAUUGAAGAUCAAGAAAAGAUGUUGGAUGAAGCCUUGAAGCUUCAACUCCUUACCAGUCCAAAGUUUCAGAAACUUUUGAAAACGGCCGAAAAUGAACAUCAAUUUAAACAACCUGAAUUUGAAGAUGAAUAUAUUGCCAACGUACCACAUCAAUUCCGAGACAGUUUCCACAAGAGUGUGCCUCCAAAAUCAAUUCGCUCCCGUCGUCGUCCACAAAAGUCCAAGUCGUCGGUUUUGUCCAAGCCAAAUCGAAAAUAUCGUUCAGCGUUUGUUAUUGAAGUCUGAGUAAUACUUAUAGACUUGUACGAAGUUAAGUUAAUUUAAUCGUAUUUUUGUGUAGUAACUAUAAAUUAUUUUAUCUUAAAUCUAAGAAGUUUAAUUUUACUAAUUGUAAACAUUUUUUUAUAAUAAAUUAAACAAUAAAUAAAAUAAAAAAAUAAA